AUGCUUUCAGAGAAAGAGGAUCACCAAACACAACUAGAACCAAUAGUAUCUUUCACAAAAGAUGAUCUUGAGGACAAAAAUUUACAUGUUUUAACAACAAUAAUAUCUCCUAAUGGUAAAGAAGUUGAAAUCACAAACAAUGUUGAUCAAGCUAUGAAAUAUGCUUUAGCUCACAAAGGUGAUGGUUUUGAGUUGGAUGAAAAAACGGAUAAGAGAAUUUUAAGAAAGAUUGAUACUUUCUUAUUACCAGUUAUGUGUCUAUUAUAUUGUUUUCAAUUUAUGGAUAAAUUAACCACAAGUUAUAGUUCUAUUCUUGGAUUAAGAACAGAGUUAAAUAUGGUGGGUGAUAUGUACAGUUGGACUUCCACUUGUUUUUAUUUGGGAUAUUUAGUAUUUGAAUUCCCUGCCUCAAUGUUAUUACAAAGAUUUCCAGUUGCAAAAACAGUCAGUGUUUUUAUUGUUAUAUGGGGUAUGAUUUUAGCAUUAUGUGCUGUACCUAAAUAUCCUGGUUUCAUUGCUUUAAGAACUAUUUUGGGGAUGUUAGAAUCAGCGGUAACCCCUGCAUUUACCAUCAUUACUUCACAAUGGUAUAAAAAAGAAGAACAAUUUUUAAGAACAUCUUGGUGGUUUGCAUCAAAUGGUAUUGGAACAAUCGUUGGUUCAAGUAUUGCUUAUGGUUUAUACACACAUCAAGAUUCAUAUUCUUUACCAGCUUGGAAAUUAGUUUUUGUAGUUACUGGUGUUUUAACUAUAUUUCUUGGAUUUGUCAUCUUUGCUCAUAUUCCAGAUACCCCAGUAGGAGCUUGGUUUUUAAAUGAAGAAGAAAAAGUAUUGGUGGUUGAAAGAAUUAGAUCAAAUCAACAAGGUUUUGGUAACCCUAGAUUUAAAAGGAAACAAUUUAUUGAAGCAUUGACUGAUCAUCGUACUUGGUUAUUCUUUCUUUAUUCAUUAUCUUCAAAUAUUCCUAACGGUGGUAUUACAAGUUUUGGUACAAUUUUGUUGAACGAGCAGUUUGGAUUCACCAAAGCAACUUCUUUGCUCAUGCAAAUGCCUCAAGGAGCAGUUGAAAUAGUUGGUUGUACACUUUUUGCAUAUUUAUCAAGAUUUAUUAAAUCAAGAAUGUUAGUAGCUAUUUUCACAACUGUAGUAGUAGUGAUGGCUGAAUGUUUACUAGCAUUUGCACCAACCAAUCAAGGAAAAUUAGCUGGCCUUUAUUUAUAUACACUUGGUCCAAUUGGUUUCAUCUGUUUGAUUUCCCAAAUUUCAUCGUCUGUUGCCGGUCAUACUAAAAAAAUCACUGUAAAUGCUAUAUAUUUAAUUGCUUAUUGUGUUGGUAAUUUGAUAGGACCACAAACAUUUAUUGCAAAUCAAGCACCUGAUUAUAGUGGAGCCAAAAUAGCUAUUGUAAUAUGUGGAGUUAUUUCAUUAUUUUGUCUUAUUGCAAUUUAUUUUUCAUAUCUUUUGGAAAAUAAAAGAAGAGAUAAAUUACCACCCGUUGAUAUGUCACAUAUUGAAAAUUAUGAAUUUGCUGAUUUAACUGAUAAAGAAAAUCCAAACUUUAGAUAUGCUAUCUAG